CAACAAAUUGCUAUUAUUUGUUUUGACUUGAAAGCUGUAGCAAGAAUUUGUCCAAUUCGUAAAUAAUGAGCGCCAGUUCCGGAGGAUCUUGGAUCAAUGCCAUCUUCGAUGAGGUAGCCCUCGAGGGUUUGGAGGGGGUGACAUUGCCCUAUCUUUGGGAACUUUUGGCCAGGCGCCUAGAGUUUCAUCCCUCUCCACUGCCGGAUCGCAUUCGGGAGCAGGUGUGGACCUUGCUGCUUCGUGCCCCAUCUCAAAAGAUCGAGUUCUUUGAGCUGCCGGCAGAAAGACCCCUAAUGCCAUACUAUGAUCGAGCCAAAGACAUGGACGAACAACUGGGUUUGCCUGUUGUGCCGGAGAAGUGCCCCUACAUGUUGUAUUCACCUGCCUCUGUGCAAGAGAAUGGCGUCAUGGGCAACUGCACUUCUUUCAAAACGAGGAAACUAAUUUCGGCCAGUGAUUUGCAGGACCUAACUGCCGCCCAGGCCACCGAAAAGCACGCAGGCAAGCUGGUCGUGGUGGCUUCCCAGGAGCUGCGGGAGUCGUCUUUGACUCCCCAGAAUCUUAUGUUUCCCAAAAACCUACCACUGCCCAACUACAUCUUUUUGGAGGCCAUUGGUCGAUCGCGCUAUAGCGGGCUCACUACCGGAGGCCCUUGGUCAUUGAUGAACUAUAGCAAGGACACUGGAAUACUGUUUUACAUUAAAAACAAACUGCUGACAUUAAACCUUAUAACUACUCAGAACUAUAACGAAAUUAACAACGGGCGCAUCUUGCUUUCUUCGCUGCUGAUACUACCCCGAUUUCAUCGAGUCUACAAGAACCACUCUCAGGAGAACCUCGAGAAGCUAUACUUGGAAAUAAUGCGGACGAGCAGUCGUCAAAUACUUGUGACCGACAUUAGUGAUAUCCUGGGACGCCCAGCACAUUUUAAGACUAAAAAGCUGCUAGUGACACACUCUUUUCGGAAGUUCUUUGAGACGAAGCAAGUGGAAAGGUCUAUUAAUGUGGUGAGCAAGUCGGGAAAGCCGUCCAAGUCGACCACACGCAAGGUAACUGUGAUACAGCUGCGCAAUCCUGAUAUGCAACUAAAGGACCUCUACAAGAGUGAGGAGAGCGAGGAAAGUCCGGUAUCCGAGUUCCUAGAUAUGGCUCACUGCCAUUUGGACAUGCCACCCGAGGAGGAGGUACUCCGGGCCGUGGCAAGAUUUGGCAAGCGUGGUCUUAAUAGCAACGAAUUGUGUCACUACACGGGUAUCAACGCCAGCUCAAUGCGUCACUUUCUCAAGCUGAUCAAGAAAAACGGACUUAUCAAGGAGUACACGGAGCAGGUGGGGAAGAGCCGCCAGUUCCGCUUUGUAGCUGUGGAGCACUUACAGGACCUCGAAAAAGAAGACGUGAUAAAGAGAAAAGGACUGGAAAUCAAGUGCAAAGAUGAGCCGACAAUUACCGAAAGCACAGAGGUUAUUCUUAAGGAUUUGCCGGAGAUCGUGACGAAUGCCCGAACCAUUACGUUUAAACUAAAAAAGACCAGAUCGGCCUAUAUAACGCAGCGCCAAAUUGAUCGUCAGAAACGGAUUGUAGGCCAAAUUGAUCAGAACUGCUUAGUGCCCCUGCACCGGAUUCUAAAGAGCCUCCAGGAAGCGGAGCGCCAGGCAGGCUACAAGGACUGUCUUUGCCGGCGUUCGUUAAUGCGCUUGUUGCGUCCCUUGGUUGAAGACGGUGUCGUAAACGUGUUCGAGGUCACCCUUCACUACAAGCAGCGAGUUCGCCUUUACCGCUUUGCCACGCACCCGAAGAUCGGGCUUGAUCAUCCGGUCAUGAAACGGGAAAUCGUUAAGCUGAAGAGCAACUUUCAUUUGCUCUCCGAGGAGCGUAUGCGGCGGCCGUCGCUGAUGCCUUUAAAGGAGCGCAAGGAGGCGCUCGCCCGGCGAAAACUAAUGGCAGAGCGCCCAAGUGUGGUGGCCAAGACUCAGGCUCCAAAGCUGCUGCUGGCCAGGACAUUGCACGAAUUCCUCUACUAUCUGUUCCACGAGCUGUCUCCGGAACAGCAGCCCCUUACUGUCACCGCCGAACUUUUGCAGCACUGGCAAAAAUCGGAGCCGGCGUUGCAACCGCGCCAGUUUCUCGAAGACUGGCAGGCGGAGGAGGAGAAAAUCCUGCCCUACACCAAAGACAUAAGCUGGCGCACGUUCAUACCACCGUUACCGCGUUAUGAGGACAAGCCAUCUGGCUGGCUUUACUUCAUGGACGCCAUGGACCGAAUGCCCCUUUCGCUCUUCCUGCGCAUCUGUCGCAUCGAACGCGAAGCCAGCGAUGAAGUGCGUCUACAGCUGCAGCAUCCCAUUCGCCAGCACUACCUUCUUUCCCAACUCAGAUUGGAGGCCAUUGUGCCUCGACUGAAGUUGCAGCAAUUAUAUGUGGGAACUCUGCGGCUUCUUAACAACAUGGGUCUUAUUCAGGUGAGCGAGCAAAAACUUGGUCGCGACUCCCUCCAUCGCUGGGUCUUUUUAAAUCAGCGCACUCGCUUAUUGGACACCACAUCUAGCACGGAGCACAAUUACAUGCAGGUCAGCGCUGAUCGCUCGUACACGCAGCUCAACUUUGAGUUCACCAACGCAGAUCAAGUGGGCAACUAUUGGGCCAAAUUGCAGCACAUCUGCAUCUACACAAAGCUGGGUUACCGCAAAACUUUAAGCUCACAGAGCAAGCUUCCGGUUCGUCUAAGGAUUCUAGCGUUCCAGCCUACGGUGGAGUUCGAUCAGGCCGUUGAGCUGGACAAUGGAACGGUUCCGGGCGAUCAUUUGGGAGCCGCUGGCCUUGGCUCGCAUUUGUUUGCGCACCAGUUCCGCCACUGGUCGUGGGUGCAGCGCCAAAACAUUACCAAAUUGGCUGCAGCGAGGGAUAAGGUAAAAAAAACAGCUCGGAAACGGACAACCAUAAUGCGUCUGAAGAUGGGACCCCGGAUGAAUAUUCGAAAAACUCGUGAAGUGUCAUCCGGUAAGACUACCAAAAAGAAGUCUACCGGUCCACGUGACGACAUUGACCGGGAUGCUCUGCGAAAUAUGCGCACAUUACGCGUUAAAUGGGCGCCCGAGGAAGACCGCCUGCUCAAGAUGGGCCGGGCCGUUUAUAUGUUCAUAGACGCACCCACGGUGACGCUGGCCUUGUGCGACUUGGGCAUCGUUUGCCGGGAUCUGAUACGUCGCUGGCUGGGCAUUUGCAACAAGACAACUCAGGCAUGUGUGCGUCGAGUGCAGUUCUUAGUUAAGAUGAAGCGCGACAUCCCAGACGUGCCUAGCUGGAUUUACGCGAUGCAGACGCAGCCACAGUUUACCUCGGUCUACAACGAACGCUUUUUGAGUCAGCUAAAGCGGGACUACCCGAAUAAGACAGAUUUCCAAGGGGCGCUGAUGGUUCACUUUGCCCUCUUGAUGGCCAAGCUGCAGCGAAUGAUUGCCAAAUCGCAAGGUUCAGUAAGUCGGCAGUUUCUAUUGCCAGACUCAUUGGACGCUUUUGGUAACCAACUGCGCGACUGUCGAUCAGCGGUUGAGGAGCAGCAACUGCUUUAUCAAGACCCCGCUACGGAAACGGAUCUUCAAGUGGCCGUGGCUCAGGGAGUGCUGCACAGCAAUAUCUGCUGUGCCAAGGAUAAAACGCUGCUCAACUUGCAGACGUUUGAGAUCUACAAACACUUCUCUGAGGAAGUACUGAAUGCAGCCUUCAACAAGGCGCGCGCAGAUUCGCUGCUAGUUGCGGUGAAGAGACGAAACAUACAGUCGGCGGCAAGUCGGCAAAUCACAGGACCUGGUCAUCUACUGAGCUCGAAGUACAAGUAUCGGUUAAUCUUCACCAAGCUGACGCACCUUGUCUACGACGGCUACUUUGCAUUGGAUCAGAAGUUGAGGGCUGACCAGGAGCAGCAACUAUCGUCGCCACACUUGGCUCAACUGCUGGUGAUGGGCGAAUGGUUAUCGGAGAACAGGCUGCGUCUUUCGCUGCAACUGCCGGCCAAUAUUCUUACGGUGGACACCUCCAACAUGGGGCGGCAGAGUGGAUGUGCUUCGGAUCGCAUUUUGGAUCACUACAGUUGCAUUUUUGACAACGCUCCGCAGACCGAAUACUCCAAACGGUUGGAAGGAGAGUGUAGUGGCCGCCAAGCAUCUCGAGUGCGUUUCCACCCUGCCAACCUGAGCUUCCGUUUGCCCACCAGUGCGUACAACCAACUCUCCAAACUGCCCUUGCGUAGCAUGCACUUUUUCUGCGCCUUGGAUGCUUUGAGCGAGACAAUUACUAUAAGCCAGUCACGCUUGGAGCAGGGUGAUUGUCCCUUUACCAACUGCAUUAUGCGCAGCGGCAACUAUCUAAACGCUGUGGAGCGGAUAGCCCACGAGCAGAGGCCCAUCCUGCGACAACUGGUGGCGGACGCCCUGCCCUCACAGCAGUUCCAGUUGGAAUCUCACCCUGCGGGAACCCCAAUCACAUUGAACACUUCGAAUCUUCUGCCUCUUGCCCAGCAAUUGGAGGCUUUUUGGCGCCGGCAGCAGCAGGCGAUGGAGCUCAAGGAUUUGGGCAAACAGCUGGCCGAUCGAACCCUGCAGAAGCUCACCGACUGGCGCACAAUUUGUGCCGAGCUGCUCGACGACGAACCACAUUCGUGGGAGGCGGAACGUGUUCAGGAGUACGAACCGGCAUUGAACAAAGAGGAGCGUGCCCGGGCACAAGAUGUGUUUGUGGUCCAUUUGCCAACAAUCGGCAUGAAGGUCUCAGAACAGCCAGAGAGCAAAUUGGCAAUUGAUAGCCUGCGCACUUCAGUGCUUAACAAAGUUUUAAAAGCAACCUACUGGCAGUAUACCGAAAACACCUUCGAAACCCUGCGACCAACACUCGAGGAAAGGGGAUUCGACGCCCGUGCCAUUAGGUACAUGGAAGACAUCCUAAGUCAUAUUGAAAAACAUACCCUUGGUGUGACGGGUUUGGAGUUGCGCAGGAUUUUUCCCUUGGGCGACUUCCUCCUGCAAACUCUACACCUCCUCAGCGAUCACGAUCUCGUCAAGCGUGUGGGCAUAGUUAGUCAUAUGUACGUUCACAAAAGCCACAUCCGCAACUGGGUGGUACACACAUUCCACAUCAAGCGAUUGGAGCGUGAGAAAGUACAGCCCAUGGUGGCAGCGGCUCCGGGAACACUUUUGGCUGUUGUCAAUCACAAGCGAAAAUUGGAGGCCCAGGAGACAACCAGCUCGAAUCCGGAGAAGAAAAUUAAACUUAUGGAUCAGCAGAGCACGGAAAGUGAGAGCGACGAGGCAGGAUGUUCGUCUGCCAAUCGUCCCAAGAGGCUUACGCGAAAGGAGCCAGCCAUUGAGGUUGCUAAUUCCGCGAUAGAGGCCUCUCGCGAUGCGAUUGCCAUGAGACCGCAGCCGUGGAUAAGGGUGAAUGCAUCUCUUAACCGUCGCGUACUCGAUCGUUGGUUGGGCACCGUUCUCAGCGAGUGCAUUGCCCGCAUCGGUUGUACUGUGCACAGUUUGUUCCUGCGAUUCUUGCAUCUGGUGCCGGUAGAUAUUAUGUUUUUGCUGGAACUCCUGCACGAUCUUGGGUGUCUUCAACUCAUGGAGAUGAGGCCGCACAAGGUGCACGUGGAAUCGCUGCUGGACGAUGAUGAAGAGGAUGGUGACGAGCAGCCAGUCACGGAGCUUUACGAUCCAACGCAGACUUACAUUCAAGUUCAUGGCAAUGCUGUUGGCCGUCUUACCAAUUUUAUUGGGCUUAAGAAAUACAGCACUGAGUUUAUUUAGGGUUUGUGCUUAGAUAUUUUACCUUGUUUAGAAUAUCAAAGUAAAUAAUAUGUAAGCGAAUUUGAUAGUUUUGUAAACUUAUGUUUGACUUUCAUUAAAAAGUUGAUUAACUUUGAAAA